UAUCCAAAAAGAGGCUGAACGUAAAUGUCUACUAGCAGCUUGAAAAAAGAACGAAGCGAUGGAGUUAUUUGUACAGGAUUCAAAUAAAGAUGAAAUUAUUGAUCCACGAAGCGUGCUUUUGGAUAAAAAACACGAAGAUUCGUGUAUUAGAAUGCAAAAACCCGUUAAACUGAGCCACAAGAAAUGGAGACGAAUAUGGAAAAAAGAAAAAAGGAAGAAACUUCGACAAAUUAAGAGAAAGGAACUGGACAAAUUAGAAGAGGAGGAAAGGCAAAGAAAUGGAUUGGUAACAAGAGAGGCCAUCGAGGCCGAAGAAAAACAAAAUGAGUGGAAGGAAAAUCUUCAAGAAAUUAGAAGGCAAAAACUACACGAGGAGUGGUUAGCCAAAGAAAAAGCAGCCCAAGAGGAGUUUGAAAACAAAAAGAAAGAAGAAGAACGAAGGCGGCAGGAGAGACUUGACCAAGAGAGGAGAAUAAAAGAGGAAUGGGAAGCACAACAGAAACGGGAGCAGAGAGGAAAGGUUCUAAAGGAAAAGGCUGUCAAGGAAAGAGAGGAAAAUCUGAAUCAAGAACUGGAAAAGUCAGGCAUACUUAGAUCCUCUAAUCCGGACGACGAACAGCCUUGGCACAAUCCUAUUGCCACCAAAGGUGGCAACAGUACCAAUCUGUAUGGCACGGAAAGGGAUCCAAAUAAUUGCUCUUUUUACUUGAAAACUGGUGCAUGUCGCUUUGGAGAGAGAUGCUCCAGACAGCACCCGAGACCACCCGUCAGCCAAACUUUGUUAAUUCCAAACAUGUUCCAAGAUGUUCGUCUCAUGGAGGUGAUGUUGGAUGAGAAGGAUAAUGAUGUCGAGCUCGAGUUUGACGAAGACGAGCUUUAUAGCAAUUUUAAAGAUUUCUAUAAAGACGUUCUUGAAGAAUUCAGAAGUGUCGGACAGGUGCAGCAGUUUAAGGUCUGCUGCAAUUUCGAGCCGCAUUUACGUGGCAAUGUUUAUAUUCAGUAUAAAAGUGAAAACGAUGCACUAAAUGCAUAUGCAAAAUUCAAUGGUAGAUGGUAUGCAGGGAAGCAGCUAUCACUCCAGUUUUCACCUGUUAACAAGUGGAAAUCAGCAAUUUGUGGUACAUUUGCAAGAAAUAGAUGUCCUCGUGGCAAAAACUGCAACUUUUUGCAUGUCUUCCGAAAUCCAAACAACGAGUUUAAAGAUGCAGAUCGAGAUAUGUGGGACAGUCCUGCUCAAAGUAGAAAAAAUAGUGAAAGAGAAUGGAGAAGUAGCACAAGGGAACUGGAAAGACGUUGGGAUCGUGCUGAAAGCUACAGUUCCGAAAGAAGCAGAUAUUCCCGUGAAUCAAGUAGUAGAGACUAUUGGCGAAGAAGAAAACGGUCCAGAUCUCGAUCACGUGAACGGAGACGAGCGAGAUCUCGUUCAAAAGAAAAUACCCCUUCAUCAAGCCAUUCACAUGGACGUUCGUCUACCAAAAGGAAUUAUCAUUCUAGCGCAAGGUCGAAGGACAGUAGACGACCAAGAUCACGAUCGCCAGACAGGAAACGUAAAAGGACUUAUAUUAGAAGUGAGAGGGAGAGGUCCAACAGCAGUUCAGAUUCGCAUGGUGAAAGUUCUGAUGAAAGGGGUACAUCAGAUAGGCAAGUGUCUUUAAAAAAACGUUCUAGAAAAGUCAAUGCUUUGAAAAGUACCAGUAAAAGAAAUAGUGACAAUGAAUUUGUGCCAGAAUUUGACUCUGAAUAACAGAAGUGGAAUGCUAACAUUUGAGGGGUUACAUUCCUAAGCUUUAUUUUGCUUUCUUCCCUUGAAGAAGAUGGGUCUGUAAAGCAGACUAAAAUAUUGUUGGUCAUAUGUAAUGCUUUCGUUUGUACAUUUAUAAAAUAUGCUAUGUACAGUGUUCUUCAUCUCAAGGUUCCAUCCAAGAAAGAGAAUGUAUCCCAUUAUUUCAUAUGUAUAUAUAUUGAUAUAUUGUUUGUACUCUCACUUGUUCAAAUCGACUACAGGAAACGCUUUUGAAGGGUGGUUUAUGUGUUGAGAUUGCCAUGAAUUUAAUUCUGGUUGGUUCGGCACAGCUUGACCUUAAUAAACUAAUUUCCCACUUGGUUUGACAUUGUAUGGCUGAGUCAAACCGUUAGCCUAGAGCUCCUCGCCCGGUUGGCCCCAGCACGGCCAGGUUCAACUUAUAAGACCAAAGUCAUGUCUUUCCAUGCUGACCCUUACAAGCACAUCUGCAUCAUAACAUCAACACAACAAAUGGCGGUCGAUGAACACUACCGUUUUACUAUGAGAGCUUUUCUUGACAAAAAAUUGGCCCGAAGAAGAAGAGAAAUCAAUAUGAUGGCAAAUUUAAAUAUUCUGUCACAAUAUAAUGUAGCAGAAAAUCUGAACUACGUUUUACAAUAGCAAUUUUGCAGUCCACUGGACAAACAAGGAAAAUCUAAGGUCCUAUCACUGUUUGCUCCGAAACUCAAGCUGGUUUGAAAAUUUAUGGACAAAUAACUCUGUUGAAAGAUUUAAAGAAGGAUUUAAGAGUACACAAGAUGAACAUUAUGCAUAUAAUUUGUGUGGUUGAUAUGUUGCACACAAUCUGGUGAAGAUACGACAUGUAACAGCACGACUUCAGCACAGCAUUAUAAAACCAAGUUGUACCACUACUUGUCAUACCAAUGCUAAACUACAUGUCCUCAGAUUCAGCUUGGCACAGCACUAUGUAUAAAAUGGCCCCUAAGUCCUUUUCGGUUUGAUGUGUGUGGCUGCGGGUGCUCAAACACAAUCAAAUUUUGUUGUGAGAUUAAGUGAUCAGUUUAAUAUUGAUGUUCAUGCUUUUAUGGCUCUCAGAAACAAUACAUAUUGCUGCUGCUGCAUCCUUUGGCAUUAAAGGAUAUAUUUUAUAAUCUGUUCUCACAGAAGAAACAAUCAAAUUCAACAUGCUAAUUAUGGAAUGAUAUGAAGGAACUUUUGAGGAUCAUAAAAUAUGCCAAGAGUCUGCGCAGAUUCUUGCAAUUCAAUGGAAAAUUAACAUUUGCAUCCCUUCUUAGGGUAGGGUUCCCAAUUUUUAUAAGUGCUUGGCAUUAACUGUAUAUCAAGCUUCUUAUGAAAGCUACUGUUUUCUGGUCUGUCAUAAAGUGUUUGAUACUGCAUAGGCAAAGCUCUAGCAAAGAGAAUCAUACUGUCUGAUCUUGAUGCUAAAAUGGUUAAAUAACUUCAGAAAUUGUAGACAAAAAAUACUAAUUCAAGAAUUACAUCAUGUUUUGCAAUAUGACUGAAAAAUAUUGAAUAUAAACAGCCUAUAAUAUAAACAUUCUUGUACUUAUCAGAAACAAGAAACUAAACAGCAGAGGUUCACUAAGGGCCUUAAAACAAUGCUGUCUUAGAAGGUUUUUCAGCUUAUAAAAUUGAGAUGAAUAUUAGUUUAUGGUUUUUCAACCUCGUCUUAACAAUCUUUAGACUAAAAUAACUCUAGUAUGGUAAUGUUUUAUGCUAGUUCAGGGUGGUGAAAUGAUUUCACCUGGAAUAUCAUAUAAAAGAAAAUACUGAAUUACUUUUAAUCAUUAUCAUUUCAAUGCCAGUAAUUUAAGAUCAUAGUGUAUGUAAAACCUGAUACAAUUUAGUUUCCACAGGUUCAUGGUCAAUGGAAAAACACAUAGAAUACUGGCAAUGAUAGAUGUUUGCUAAUUUGCAAGAUGGGAGAAAUAUUUUUAGAAAUUAGCCAUUCAUAUCAAAGUAGGGAUAUGUUGACAUAUAUACACUAAAUUGUUUAUUUACAUACAAGUGCAAUAAUUAUACAGCACGUCCCACCAUCUUGAAGACAAUCAAAAUAUUGUUUGUUUGGUUGAUUAGCUUGUUGGCACUGACAAAAACACUGUCCUGCCUGCAAUGUGAUAAAUCAUCAAAUCAAUCAUAAUAUUUAUGAUGAAUUUUAAUUGCCCUUCAAAAUGAAUCAGUAUAAAAAUCUCAAAACUGUUAAUUGCUAAUGAGGUUGAGGCAACAAUUUGUUGGCUGCAGGUAAUAGAAAGUGGGUGCUAAUCUCAGGAUAGUGGAAGUUUUGGUCAAGUAUUAUGUUAAAGAUAUUGUGUCAUUUUGUUAGUUAAUUUUGUUAGUUAGUUAGUUAGUUAGUUAGUUAGUUAGUUAGUUAGUUAGUUAGUUAGUUAGUUAGUUAGCUAGUUAGUUAGUUAGCUAGCUUAUUGGUUAGUUAGUUAGCUAGUUAGUUAGUUAGCUAGUUAGUCACACUUUGUCUCCUUUGACUGCUUUGGGCACUCCUUCAUUUUACAUGAAGAUCAUCAUCAAGGGAUUUUAGUGGGGAUGAAAUGCAGCAAAAUUGUAUGUAGUUACUUUUACAUACCUUCCAUCUUUGAAAUACUGUUUUAGAGUGUCACUGAAACUUUUUGAAUAUUUCACAAAUUCUCUUUUGUUUUGUUCCAAAGUCUGUACGGAUAGGAAAAACAAUGCUAGGUAUUACUGUGUAACAUUUUUAAUAAUAUAACCAAAGACAAAUGUUUCUAAUAAACACUAGCAUUCUGGAGAUAUGAACUGAUACACACUCUGUUUCACUGCAUAUUUUAACAUGAAAUGUGAAUGGUUUCCUGACGUUUGAAAAGGGCUUUCAGUCAUUUUUCAUUAACAACACAAAACAUAGAAAUUUAAUGUCUAUGGUGUUUCAUAAUUUAUCAAUAUUUUACAGUCUAUAGCAUGCAAAAAUAUAUGAUUUUUAUAUCAAAGUUAAAGGUAAAGAAGCAUUCUAGUAACUAAUUUCUUACCUUUCUGUAUUCUCUCAUCUUACCCUGAGCUUGAUAAGUUUUUAAAACCUCAUUUACGGAAUCCAAUAAAAAUUUAAUUGCACUUGCAAUGUCCCUAAACAAAAGAGAGUGUUAAAGAUGUAGCCAGAUAAAAUUCAUCUAAAGUAUAUCACUAAAGUAUAAAAUUGUGAAGAAAUAUAUCACUAACAUUGAUAUCAAGACGCAACAACAAUAAAAAUAAAGUUGAGAACUCACUUGAUUGUCUGAAGAAACUUUGAGCGAUCUUGUAUUUCAAGAGGGAUUUUCCCUAAGAUUGUUUUCAAUUCUAGGUGAUGAAUGAAAUUUAUUUUUACAUUAUAUACGAGUUGCAGGGGAUUUCCAGUUCACAUCAAUUUUCUACUAACUAAUAAAGGAGAACAAAUGUUUUGAAAAUUGAAGAUCAGUUUGCUUUUUACACUAUAUACGAGUUGCAGGGUCUAUGUAAUAAAAAGCUCACAUGAGAUUAAAUUUGAUAGAUAAAUACACUCUAUAUAACAAGAUUGCUAAUUGCAAUAAACAUGUGCCAUAUAAACUGAUUUAUGUCAAUGUUCAGACAAUAUUUUAGAGUUUUAAUUUUAGGUCAUAAAAGGUGUUUAUUUAAGUGAUCAUAAAAGUAUAUACCUUGGGCCUUUUCUCCCAAUUUUACAAACUCAAGCUCUUCCCUUUCUAUUUGAAAAUCUGUUAAAAACAAAAAUAUAUAGAUUAAUGAAAAAAUGAACUAUGGCAAUUGAUUUUUAAUAAGCACAGGAUUUAUGGCUUGGUUGAUUUUCAAUGAUAAUAUAUUUAUAAUAAAGUUAAGAAGAAAAUACCUUUGGAGUUCACGGAUGAGCAUCUGAGCAAGAUCUCACUUAUAUUCAUUGUGAAUCCCUCUAGAAUAAGAUAUAAUACUUCAUCAAGUUGCCAAAACUUUUAGACUCUAAAAACAUGCUGAUACCAAAGCAUAACUAAAAUUUACUCCAGCAACUUAAAAGCACUAUGUUCUGAUGAGUUUUAUUGUUCACCUAAAUUUCCAUUGGUUAUGAUUAUUGUCACAUUUUCCAGUUGACAAUAUGGGUCUCAUUUUUAAUGAUUCCUCAAUUAUAAAUGUACUAUAGAGGUUUUUAUUUUUUGUGAAUGCUGAAAUGACAGGACAAUGUGGCUUUAAAACAAACAUAAUAGGUUUUGGACAUUUAGAUUUACCUGAUCUCAAAAUUCCUUCAAGGAUUUCUUGAGUUAUUCCAGGAAUAGCAUCUUCCGCCUGAAGCAAAAGAGGAAAUCACAUUCAAUGCAUAUUAAUCAAUGAAUUUAGUUUCAAAUAUGACUCAAGCAUGAGAAACUAAUAAUUAGGUUAAGUUAUUAUUUCAACUUCAUUGCCCUGACAGAGCAGGAAAGUGAUUCCAUUCGAACUUGGAGCCUUAAUCUGCUUGUUCAUAACAUCAAAUAUCAACUUUAAAAGCUGCUUGAAAGUUAUCAAAAAUCAUAAAUCAAAAGUAUAUAGGGGAGAAGUAAAUUUGAAUGAAGUUCCUAAAUACCCAGAACAAACUAUGAACAAGCUAUAGAACAAAUUUAAAAGGUGGUAACAUAAGCAGCAUUUUUACUCCUGGUUUGAGUCCAUGUAAACCUCACACCUGAUAUUGGCCAGUAAUUUAUGAAGCUGCACUGAAUGUUUAAUAGCUUACAUCAAUACUCUAAAAGUUUAUGAUUACAGUGCAUUAAAGAAAUUACUAAUAAGCCUUCCCCUCUUUUUUCGUCAGUACCCCCAACAAAAUUAUGAAGUCCCUGCCAGGUAUUUCGGAUAUAGCUUCACAGAUUUCCCCUUGGUUCUUCCCUCAUAAAUCUAAGUUUUAAUUGAUAAAAUCCUCAGAUCAUUUAAAGUUUAAUUGGAGCAAUAAAGAUGUUGCUGUUUUAGGAUGCUACUGCAGAGUUCUUGCUAAUGGAGGAGUCAAUGUCACACAGGGUGAAAAACGGCAUCAUGGUUUGUGGCCACAUCAAUAAAUAUUUAUUCAGUUCUGUGUUUUGAACUAUGAUACUUAAUGUUGUUAUUGAAAUUCAACUAA